GUGAGCAAACAGUUUAUAGUGCAUGUUGUAAUGUCAAGGGUGUGUAAAAGGGAUGCGCUUCCUCCUCGUUGUCAUUUCUCUUUGCUUAGCUGAUCAAUUCUAUACAUCAUCUGCUGAUUCCUUAGGUUUACUGUCACCGUUCCAGAUUCUGUUUAGAAGCUGCGGGAACCAAAAUUCUGAACAGAUCGUUGUAAAUAUGUUUCCCUUCAGUAGAUUUCCAUACGUGACGGCUCUCUUCUCUUGUGGCAUCUUCUUGCUGUUUAUCUUCCUUCAAAACACGGUGAUUUACAACUCCCUUCAAACGGUUUACUCCACCGGAGGUCUGUGCGCCUGUAAUAAAUGUGUGAUGGAUCUGAACGACGAAGACUGGUUCUUCAUUCGCUUUAACCCUACAGUUCCAACUCUGCUGAACAGGAGAAACAGCGCAAUGCGGUCGGACGUCUUCGAGUGGUGGCAGGGUCUGCAAUCUGAUUCACAAAAGGCUAAUUUCUCAGAUGUGGUGGACAUAUUGUUUUCUCUGUUCCCCGAUGAAGAACACUAUGUAGUCACUGAUCCAAAUCGAUGCAGGAUCUGCGCUGUGGUGGGAAACUCUGGGAACAUCUUGGGAUCCCAUUAUGGUCAACUAAUAGACAGCCACGAUUUUGUCAUAAGGAUAAAUAAAGGCCCAACUAAAGGCUAUGAGACGGAUGUGGGGUCUAAGACCACUCACCGGAUCAUGUAUCCCGAGAGCGCUAUGGAUUUGGACAACUCCACUCAUCUGGUGCUUCUGCCCUUUAAGGUCAAAGACAUGCAGUGGCUCAUCAGUGUUUUCACUACAAAACACAUCACAAGCACUUAUUUAAAAGUGAGACCUACCAUAAACGCUGAUCGAGAGAAGGUGAUGAUCAUCCAUCCUGCCUUUAUAAAAUACGUCUAUGAGAGCUGGCUGCGGAAACACGGCAGUUACCCAUCAACCGGAUUCAUUACGCUGAUAUUUGCCCUGCAUAUCUGCGAUCAGGUCAGUGUUUUCGGGUUUGGCGCUAAGCUUGACGGGAACUGGCAUCAUUAUUUUGACGAAAGCUUAGCUCACUUUAACAGAGGCCGACAUGGGGGAGAUUAUGAAAACAGAACCAUACACAAGCUUUUGCUGAUGAACAAGAUUGCCUUGCAUAAAGGGCUGUAAUGUUGACAUAUUGGUACAAGUGAGGCACAAAAAAAGAAUUAUUUAUAUGAAUAUUUAUCAUCUAUUUUCCUGUUUAAUCAGGUGGGUUUUUUAACAAAAAUGUUCGUAUUUACAAUGGCCUGACAUACAGUGGGAUAAAUAGAGAAAUAAAUAAUAAAGACAUAUAUGAUGUAGGACUGCAAAAUGGUGCCGGAGUCCAAAACAAUGCUAGAAAAUUGUAUAUUUAGAGCUGCUGUUGUUACAUUAAAAUUGCAGCAUCUAAAUAUGCAAACCUAUGUGCUCUCACAUGAUUUAUUUAUUGUAUUUGUGUUGUAUUUAUUCACACUGGAGCAAUAUUAGUGUAUUUAUUUUGUCCUGUACAAGAAACAAAUGGCUGGGAUCGAUGUAGAUAACACACAAAUAAAAUAAAAAAAACAUUAUAGCCACAUAAAGGAUGUCCUCAGGCGUAACUAUCAAUUAAGACUCCAUACACUGAAAGAAAAUGGUUCAUUGCAAUUGUAAGUGAAUUUAAGCAAACAAAUUAAGGUAAAUCCAACCAAUAUCAAUUGUUUACAGACACUUACCAUAAAUAAUAAUUAAUAAAUCCAACGUUUCAUUUC